GUUGUGUCCGGAUACGUGGUGGGGGUUGAGGCGGUCCCAGUCCCACGCACGCAUACAAUCAGAGUUGAGACGUAGCAGAGCACAGCUUAACAGACCCACCGCUGCCGACGCAAAGAUGGCACCCUCCAGAUAUUCCACUCUCUUGUCUCUACUUGUAUUCACCUUUUCCGUUAGUGUAGUUUACUCUCAGUACGAACAAUAUAGUUUCAGAAGUUUUCCGAGGCAUGAGCUUAUGCCGUUAGACUCGGCGUAUAAAUACGCACUGGACCAAUACACCGGAGAGAAGUGGAAGGAGACUGUAGAUUACCUGGAGGUCUCUCUUAGGUUGUACCGGCUGCUCCGGGAUAGUGAGGCCUUCUGUAACCUCAACUGCAGCUCUGUGCGGCUGGAUAACGAGGAAAAGUUUUCGGAGUUCCCGGAGCUGCGUGUGUUCGGUAACGUGAUGAAGAGGGCGCAAUGUUUAAAACGCUGCAAACAGGGACUUCCAGCCUUCAGGCAGAGCAUGCCCAGCCGGGACACCGUGGAAGAGUUCGAGCGACGGGAACCAUAUAAAUACCUACAGUUUGCCUACUUCAAAUCUGAUAACCUGGCCAAGGCUGUGUCCGCAGCCCACACUUUCCUGCUGAAGCACCCAGAUGAUGAGAUGAUGCAGAGGAACAUGGCAUAUUACAAGAGCAUACCCGGCGCUGACGAACACCUGAAAGACCUGGAAACAAAGUCAUAUGAGACUCUGUUUGUGCGUGCGGUGAGAGCGUACAACGGGGACAACUACCGGACGUCCGUGUCCGACAUGGAACUGGCUCUGAGGGACUUCUUCAAGGUGUUCGACGAGUGUCUGGCUGCUUCGGAGGGCUCCAGGGAGAUCAAAGACUUCAAAGACUUCUACCCCUCCAUCGCAGAUCACUACACUGAGGUGCUGGAGAGGAAGGUGAAGUGUGAGAGUGAGCUGACUCCUGUGGUCGGAGGAUUUGUGGUUGAGAAGUUUGUGGCGACCAUGUACCACUACCUACAGUUUGCAUAUUACAAGUUGAAUGACCUGAAGAACGCAGUGCCCUGUGUGGCCAGCUACAUGCUGUUUGACCCCAGUGAUGAGGUCAUGAAGAACAACGUGGCCUACUAUCAGUUCCACAGGGAAAAAUGGGGUCUUGAAGAUGAAGACUUCCUGCCCAGAGCGGAGGCUUUGCGGUACUACAACCAGACGACUAUGCAGCUACAGAUGCUGGAGUUUUCUAGGCAACGCCUGCAAGGGGAUGACGAGGGAGAAGUGUUCGAGUUUCUAGAUGAGUUCCUGGAUCACGAGCAGUAGCACGUUUUUUCACACACUGAAAG